AUGGCCGCGCGGCGUCGCUCCCUCCUCAUGCUCCCGCCCCUCCUCCUCCUCCUCUCCCACUUCCUCUCCCUCGCCGCCGCCUUCCAGUCGGACGAGCUGCUCCUCCACGACGACGACGAGUUCGAGGGCACCCGGGCCUCCUCCACCCCCUCGCUCCGGCCGCCCUCGACGCCGCCGGGAAGUGGCAUGACAUACUCUGUGUGGUCACAGAAAUCAGUUGCCACAUCCUUUGCAAGAAUAUGGAGUCAUUCUACAUUGCUUACUCGCAUAUUGCCACAUAGAGAACAACUACGAGGUGGGGUGACAGAACUGCAAGCAACAAAGGCAAAACACCUGAGCAGAACUGGAGUCACAUAUCAGUCGCAGUGCUGCAGCGAGGCACCUGGCGGGAUUACACCAUGGCCUUGUGGCGGUGCUCGGUCGAGGAGGAAAAGGACUCUCACUAAGCUCCGAUUUACGAGGAAUGAGUUGACUGAGGAUGAAAAGAAUGCAUUUAAGAAAUUACUGGAAGAAGAUAGUUUUUACACAAUAAGGCUACCGUCUAAUGUGUUGGAUCCUACAAGAAACGAUUAUAUUUAUUCCUCAAUCAAAGCGAGAUGCAUUCCACGUGACAGCUUGGAUGAACAUAUUGUCAUCCACAUGGACGGUGUAAAUAUUUUGGCUGUUAAUUAUGGUUCCGUUGGUGGAUGCCAAUAUCCCCGGCCAAUGAAAGUACCAUCAAAAUGGACAUUCAAUUCAUACACUAUUCUGAAGACUGCUGACCAAGCACCAAGAACUCCAUCAUUUGUAGAGCAAUUGAUAGAAACUGAGAGUGGACUCGGUGAAGUGAUGAAACCACCUGAGAAAUCUUUCUGGGCUAAAUAUUGGAUGUACAUCAUUCCUCUUGGUCUCAUUGUCAUGAACGCCGUCACAGCAGCAGCAAACAUACCCGAGGAGCAAGCUGGAGGGCAGGGUCAAGCUCCAGCACAAAGGGCGCCAAUUGCUGCUCCAAGGAGAAGAUGA